CUCGGCAUCGUCGAUCAUCCACGCGAGUUCUGACUAUAAACCCUCGUGCCCCCCAUACUUUACUUCUCUGUAUUCCUCUCCCCCAAACUUCAUACCCCAUAACACCGAGGUAUCUUAAUCAUGGAUCUCGCCAAUCUUCUUACUGGCGCUCCUAAGCCAUAUACCGAGACCUACCACAAGCGUUCUUUGCAAGCGCCUCCCUCCCCACCGGUCGAGGAUCAGGUCAAAUGUUCUUUGCCUUCUAUCUCCAGUUUGUUGGAAGGUGCCGACGGCCAGCACGCAGCUAAGCGUCAACGUCUCAGCCCAUCGCUGUCCCGGGAUCGUGAUGUCUACGACACCAUUCACCUCCCACCAACUCCUCCUCUCCGUCCAGGCUCCGGAUCAGGUCACGCCCGUUCUCCAGAACUGAAGUCCCACCACCGUUCCUCAGUCUCAAGUACCGGCUCUGCACCAAUGUCCAGCGGUCCCUACGCCUCUCCCGCUCCAAGCGUCUUCUCAUACUCUUCUCCCAUCGAGGCCCAAGCACCAAUGUACUACCCCCGCCCACCAACAGCCUCAAGCUUCCAGCCCGCGACGCCCGUCACCGCGCCGCAGAUGCCUCAACAACAGGUUCACCACCAACACGCACAACCUACUCCUCGCUCUCCAUCUCUCAUCUCCCCCGUUACUCCUGCUUGGCAACACCACCACUACUUCCCACCUUCCACUACAACUCCCUACCAGCAGAACCAUGAUCGCUAUAUCUGCCGCACAUGCCACAAGGCUUUCUCGCGCCCUUCUUCGCUCCGCAUACACUCCCACUCUCACACGGGCGAGAAGCCUUUCCGGUGUACACAUGCCGGUUGUGGAAAGGCCUUCUCUGUGCGCAGUAAUAUGAAGCGUCAUGAACGGGGUUGUCACUCUGGUCGUCCUGUUGCGCCUAUCCCGGCUGCUGCUCCCACUGCUCUUGUGUCAUAGACACUUGACAGCUCAAAUGGAACGGUUC